GUUUGCACUGAUCCGAGGGAGGAGUUGGCCAGAAGUUUGAGCAAGAGAGGAUCUGUCGUAUUUUUCAUGCGGUCCUCUACAAGUUGAAACAUCGGAAGGGACCGAGGUAGUCAUAUAGGUCAAAUAAUAUGGAAAUCCCUGCCAUAAAUCUUAAGGCCAUAGUACUGGUGCACUGGCUGCUGACAGUAUGGGGAUGCAUGGCAUGGCUGCCCAGCUCCUUUGCUUGGGGGAACUUCAGUGUUUUAGCAGUCGGGGUGUGGGCCAUCGCUCAGAGGGACUCGAUUGAUGCUGUGCUUAUGUUUCUGAUCGGGAUGACCGUGACGAUACUGACUGACAUCAUCCAUUUUGGGAUCUAUUACCCGCUGUCUGAACUGGUAGCGGAAAGGGGCAGGGACACAUUUCGUUUCAGCGCAGGAAUGGCCAUUCUCAGCCUGCUGCUCAAACCCGUGUCCUGCUUCUUUGUCUACCAAAUGUACCGCGAGCGUGGAGGAGAUUACAAUGUCAACUUCGGUUUCCCCUCCGUAACACGAAACAGAGACGCCUACCAGUCCAUUGACCAGCAGGAUCAGUCCACCAGCUCACCCAACCCCUUCAACCAGGCCCAGGACAGCAAAUCCGGAGCCCGCUCGUACUGAGAAAGCAAGGCGGUGAGCUCUGGCGUUUUCUGCAGCAGUGGUGCUUAGUAAUGGUAACGGUAGCUUCGGUUCCACAUCUGUCCCAGCGUUUUGUAGUUCUAGAGCAGAUUGCCACCCGAAUCGAAUUGAAUACUUUGUCAUGGUGAAAACAUGGUAAAAAAAAAAAAAAAAAAAAACAAUCCUCAGAGUGGUAUGGGUUUUACAGAGAAAUUUGGCUUAAUUAAACUUAAUUAAUUUCACAUUUUCUUUAGCUGUGUUUUUUUUCCUGCUGUGGUGCAACACUGCUGAAUGAAUACAGAGGACAACUCACUGCUCUGCCACAUCUAUACUAUGCUACUAUAGAUGUAGCCCACUGUACUUUUUUUUUUUUUUUUUUGUUCUUUAAGAUGAGAUGGGUGUUAUAUGGAGCUGUUGAGUCCACAGCAGUUUUCUCAGUUUACUUUUUUUUUUUUUUCCAAAUUAGUCUUCCUUGAAAACGCAGCACUUGUGGACAUUCAGAGACUUGUCCGUUUCUCUUUGUGUUCUGUAAGUUAUGCUCAUGUUACUCAUGUCUUUGUCUUUGCUGCUUCAUGGCAUUACGCUUGAGGCUCAGGUCAGUUAAAGAUGCAGUAUGUAAAACUGCCAAGGGUUUAUUUCAGUGAGGACUGUUUAGACCCAAUUUACAAAAAAAAAAAGUGAAAUAAGCAAAUUCCAGUCUUCAUCCCGACCCACUGGUGAAUUAUGUGCUUGUCAGCUGAGACUAAACUGCUCUCACUUAAAACAACCCGAGGCAAAUUUGCAGAGCACACCUUUAAAUACACUAGAGAACACCUUGUGCCUUGGCUGUUACCUUGCACAUGUAUAUGAUGUUUCACUGAGAGGUAAAAUGCCUCUAUCUCCAAAAUUUAAGCUUUUCAGGAGCUAAGAAAAGCAGCUUUCUUUGUAGCUUGACCACUGUGCAACUUUGAGUUUGGUGUUUAUUCGAGUGGUUCUCAACCUUUUUGGUGUCCAGGACUCCCAAAUUAAUACACACUAGGCCGUGGACCUGGAUUUGAUAAGAUGUAGUCUCAGUGAUCCCUGUCUAAUAAGAUUUAGCUAUUCAUAACUGUCUGGACUGUUGAUUGGCAGAUGAACAGUGAAGAGUGACACCUGUGAACACAACAGUCAUUCUUAUUCACCUUAUUUUGGAAUGCAGUUGGUUGAACUUCUGUUUUCUUCUGCAGCACUUCUGUUUGAUUGCUUCCCUGUCAACCAGCUCUACUCGCGUAUUUGAUGAUGUUGUGGGAGCGCUUCCAAAAAUCAAUCAGCUUGUUGUGUUAGCUGCUGUGGUGAAAAGUGAGUGUGUUGGGCAGCGAGCUGAAGUGCCAGAAGCACACCAAACAAAUGUGGCUGCGCCUGUAUUUCCAUUAAAAAAAAAAAAAAAACAAGGUGAACACAUUCUCUCAUGGGGCUAACUCCUAGGCAAUGAAAUAAAACAGAAAUUAAAAUAUGUCCCAUUUUUCUGAGGACCCCCUGAAACCCUUUUAAGGACCCCUGAGGGUCACUGUACCCCAAGUUGAGAACCGCUGAAUUACACAUUGGUAUGAAAAGGAGCUUAAUGAUACCAUGCAGCACAUUUCUGUUUUUUUUUUUUUUUUUUUUUUUGGCAUUUUUGAUUGUAGCGUCGUAGAGAAAUUUGACUGUUUAUGGUGAUAAGCAAUGAGAGCACGUUGUGUUUACAGCCGGCACUGUGCUGGAACACAGUCAAUCCUCCUAACCCCAAACUAUUCUGAUUGUGUCAUCUUUAUAGCUGUAGUUCCACGUGUGAAGGAGCUUAAGAAUGCCAUAAGUUUGCCUGCUGUUUAUUAGUCUCUAUGCUCCGCUGGCCUCCACUGCCCUCUUGCCUGCCAUAAUAUCUCCGUCCCUGUAAAUUACUGACCAUGCACUGUGCAGCCUCUGACAGCUGUUGAUCUGUUACAGUACCUUCCUGCUGCAGGAACAAAAGUAGAUACGAGCAACUUUUUUCCACCGGCGAAUGUUAAAUGAGAGGUUUUAAACCUUGAAGGGUUUGCAUUAACAUUUAUUGCAGUGUUCAGUGAAUGGGUUAUAUGUCUUUGAUUGCGCACUGCACCUCAGUUUUAGUGUGCGACUCACAUAAGGUUUUGGUGAUAGCUGUUACAGCCUGAUGAAUGCAGAUCCUGUGGCUACAGCUCCGGCUCCACCGAGCCGUUGCAUCACUUGGAUCUUUUAGUGGCAGUUGCCGUGUGAAACUGAAAGUUACGCGCUCCUGGAGUUCCUGUUUCAGUAUCACAAGCUUCGUGACGGAGCCGGGAUGUUGCAAACACGUGGAUCACCUUUUGAGUUUUGUUUUUCUUGUUGAUGCUGAAAGAUUUGGCGAUCAUUACAUCAUGUUUUUGUUUGAAAAAGAUGUAAAAACAAAUAUCUGCUAACAGGAUGAGAGGAUUUCACUUGUCUUCAAGGAAAUUGUCCUGAAAAGCACAAGGAUCUUAAAGGAAUAUUCCAGUGUUUUGGG